AUGGGACUCGUGGGAGUGCCUUCGACAGUCGACAAGUGCCCUAACAGGUUCUGGCGGGAGUUCCGAGGUUAUCUGUUAGAGUCGGCCGGAUGUGCUAACUGGUCGAUUGGCAUGGUGUGCCGAAGGUUGGUGUGGGUGUGUUGGUCGAUGGCACUUACCGACUUGACGACUACGUAUGAAUAA